AUGUCGAAAAUCAUCCCCAAUUGCCUCGGAGACUCACAUUCGCUUACUCUCGAUAUGGGUCUUGUGUGUCACACCAGCGAUGCUGCGACUGCGCCUUGUCCCGAUGAGAAGGCACAAUCCAUCAUCCCAGGUGGAGAAAGGCGCCCCAUGAACGUUGUCGCCCCUGCUCAAUUAGACGGUGGAGCGGACUACUAUUCGCGAGCAGUCAACGACAGGACCAUCCACUCUCAGCAACGUCAACACCCCCAAUUCCCGCGCCAAGCUCAGAAUGCGCCUUCCGUCCCCCCACCACCGCCUCGCCAACCAUCCCGCACCCUUGGCAAUGUAGUCAACGACCUACUUCCUUACUGCACAACCGAGCCGCCUCUGAGCCAAGCGCAAGUCAUUGCUCUAAGCGACGUUGUGGGUAGUCUAAAGGAACUCGUCGUACUGGCCCUAGGUGCUGCUGCUGGUGUGCCAGGGAGUAUGGAGAAACUGGAAGGUGCGGUGGGUUCGCAGGCCGCAGUGAACAUUGUGGAGUUCUUUGCCGACGAAUGGGAGAUCGAGGGCUGA